AUGGAAGAGAAAGCUCAGGUCCCAAUACUAGCCACACUACUACUGCUUUAUCAGGCGAAAAGUAAUCACACGUUUGUGGCGCAGCACGUCAAUUAUCUGAGAAGUCAAUUAUCUGAGAACCCCCCACCGCAAAUAGGUGGUCUGGGGUCAAAACUCACCCUUCCAAUCACAGUAAUAGCAAGCAUGCAGACAGGGGCUGAGCACGACAACAAGCUCCCAGGACGUUUAACCCCCUGGGCGCUGAUACGGGGGGGUAUUGCGCACAACGCCGAUCUGGAUUCCUCCGCUGAUGAGGCUCUAGCAAUCCUCAUCAUCUUCCGCUUCAUUCUCCAUUUUCAGGAACAAAAAACACCUAUAGCUCAUUUUUCAAACGCUUUGAGAACAGGACACCAACUCCGUCAUGCCCGCGGGAACUACAAUAGCUGCAAGUUUCUGUUGCAAAGCACCCGGCUGCGCGCGUACCUAUUCGAGAAAAUGCAACCUCAACAGACAUAUCGAGUCCAAGCAUGGCGUUCAUGUUCAAAUGCCUUGCGGCAUUAUCAGACAAGACCACACAUCCAACUCCCGACGCCACCAGUCAAGAUGCCCGGUCUGCCGUGCAACUCUGACGUAACGGUUCAGCGUAUGUUCGCGCACAUUGACAAGGCUAUGGGCGUCAUGUACCAUGAACUGGCUGGUGUUUUCAUGAUUUGCUGCAGAGCAAGCGACCUGUCUGUCUGCUCUUAUCUUUCGGGUCACCUUUAUUGCAUGGUCUUAUUACGAGGCAUCGACCCAUAUGGUCACCGGGCUUAUGAGACAACGAGAUUGAACGCACCAAGAGAAGAUCCAGAGGGUCUUGUCUUAGCACAACGUGGUUGCCAUUAUGAAAAACUGGUAGAGCAUGUCAAGGAAAGUCCGUUCCACCUGUUUUGCUCCGUUAUCUCGGUAUACUGCGUAAAUCUGGUGAAAGAUGCAGCCUUUCGGGUGCCAUUGCCUGUUGUCGUCAAUCUUUCUUAUCGUGCUUUUGAACUUGCUAGCAAGCCCGACAUCAAACCAACUUCAGAUUUGAGGAAUGCAUACUUCAAUCGUGCAGAAGACAGACCGGAUUCGGCCUACCGCAUCAAUUGUCUCUUUCUGCCCGAUCCGUACACCCACUCUCUCAAUGGUUCCGGGUAUCUCUUCGCUUGUCCAACAAGCGAACGAGCUUCUAGCCGCGUCGAUUCUCGGAUAAGUGUGCGGCUACUCUCGCCAUAUGCACAGCCUUGUAUUGGUCACGGACAUACCGGUUGGGUCUACACUGACUGGUUCGGGGAUACAUGCGCGGCGUUGCGGCUAGUACGGAUAUGCGUGUGCGCCGUUGCGUCUGGCAGAUGUAUAUCAGGCCCAUCGAUGCCACUCCGACUUUUCCCCGCUACCCGGCCAAACGGUUGCUGGUCUUUGAUUGAGCCCCAUGCAAGAGACGUCGACCAAUCAUGCUACAACCACAUGACGCCUAAAAAGGAAACAUGCAUAUUCGGUAGGUGGAUGUGUUGUAUAUCCUGUCUUACGAUAUGGGCAUGCGGCUUGAGACACUCGGAGGGCUUGCAAGUCGAGGAACUCAACCCUCCUAAGUCUCACUUUGAUCCAAAAAGUACCUUCAACAGUAUCAUGCCUGCCUCUGGUAUCAUAACACCUCCGAAGCUGUUUUGCGUGGAGCCCAGCUGCGAACUCACGACUUUUACCACCCGAUCUAAUCUCAAUAGACACAGCCUGUCUAAACACGGCCUGAAAGUCCACAUGCCAUGCGGCAGAGAACAACAGAACCAUAAAUCGAACAUUGAGCGCCACAAAAAGUCCUGUCAGAGAUGUCGCGCAGCUCUGAGCCAAGCCUUAACGCUCGAUGGGCGACACGGGUCCGGGUCACCUAGGAGUGCGACAACCUGUGCCACUGAGAUGUCGAACUUCGCACGCAGCCUCCAAAACUAUCCGGAAGACCUCAACGGCAUGAUCAAUUUCAUGGACGACUAUUCUCUUGGAGCUUUCCAGUGA